GGUGAGAAGCCCUUCAAGUGCGAGUACGAAGGGUGCGAUAGGAGAUUUGCGAAUAGCUCAGAUAGGAAAAAGCAUUCGCACGUGCACACCAGCGAUAAGCCUUACAACUGUAGAGUAGCGGGCUGUGAUAAGUCAUACACUCAUCCCUCAUCACUCAGGAAACAUAUGAAGGUUCACGGAUGCAGCGGAGGUGGUCGAUCUCCCCCGCCCUACGACAGCGACGGCGAAGAUUCGAAUUCCUCCUCGGCAGGCAGCAUCUCAGUGGCAGCUUCCCCGCACGUACCAACAGGCAGCAGCAUCCCGCCGCCGGUACCGCCCCCUGGCGCCGCCUCCAUCAGCGAUUGGUACGUUUGCCACCAACCGGCGCCCAGUGCGCCAGAUCCGCUCGCCGGAUUGGGCCAUUUCGGCAAUAUCCACCACCACCAUCACACGGGGGCGGCGACGGCGUAUUAG